AAGAGCCGGAGCACAGUCGUCUGCUCAGAGCUGCAGACUCUUCUUCUAUUUUCAGAUUGAGCAGAAGAAAACAACACCUGCAAAGAUGAAGGCACAGGUGGUCACCAUUCUGUUUGCAUCUCUGCUCGUGGCGACCCACCAGGAGAGCAGCGUCUAUCCAGGCUGCUGGACACAGUGGUUCGACAGAGACAACCCCUCAGGAAAUGGAGACUUCGAGAAUCUCGCUAUUCAACGUGAACAAACCCCGGGCAAAAUCUGCGACAAUCCACUGGACAUAGAAGUACGGACAGUGACAGGCGGCAGUAUGGCUUCAACCGGGGACAUCUUCACUGCAGCUGACACGAUCACAGGCUUUGUGUGUGAAAACAAUAAGCAAACUCAGACAAAGAUGUGCAGUGAUUAUGAAGUGCGCUACUUGUGUCCAGUGGAAUUCUGCUACCCCAAAGGCUGCUGGACAGAGUGGUUUGACAGAGAUGAUCCCUCAGGCACUGGAGACUGGGAAACUCUGACCGAUAUCAUCAAGGAGAAACCAGGAAAAAUCUGUGAGAACCCCCUGUACCUCGAGGCUCAGACCACCUCCGGGAAGAGUGUGGAGUCCACCGGGGAUGUCAUUUCUGUAGCCAGUCCAAGCAGCGGUCUUGUGUGUGAAAACAAAAACCAAAAAGACGGAUCCUGUGAGGAUUACCAAGUGCGAUUCUACUGCCCUGACGAGUUCUGCAUGAUCAAAAGUUGCUGGACCGAAUGGUACGACAGAGACAACCCCAGUGGAACCGGAGACUGGGAAACUCUGGAAGACCUUUAUCUGAAACAUCCAGGAGAAAUCUGUGAAUAUCCUCUUGAGAUCGACGUCCUAACUACAUCUGGGGGGAGUGUGGCGUCAACUGGAGACACGAUUGCUAUAUCUGACACAUCCACCGGCUUUGUCUGCAAGAACGCUGACCAAAACGGGCACUUGUGUGAAGAUUAUAAGGUCCGUUUCCGCUGUCCCGAAGAAUUCUGUGAAUCAAAAGGCUGCUGGACUGAAUGGUUCGACAGAGACAAUCCCAGUGGAAAAGGAGACUGGGAAAAUCUGGAAUUGCUUCUUCAAGAAAAUCCAGGAAAAAUCUGCGAGUACCCUCUUCAGAUCGAGGUCCAAACUACAUCUGGGAACAGCGUGGCUUCAACUGGAAACGUGAUCACUGCAUCUGACCCAAACACCGGCUUUAUCUGCGAAAACUCAAAACAGCCAGCGGGCAAAAGAUGUGAAGAUUUCAAAGUGCGAUUUUUCUGUCCUGAAGACUUCUGCAAGUCAGUUGUGGACCCUAAUGGCGGUCAGCAGAAUGAUCAGUUUUGUAAAUACUACAAGGUGUGCUACAGCAGCUCUGGCGGUUCCUACAUCGAAACGCUGAAUAACCCACCAUGUCCCUGAAGACAUUUUUCUGUUUUCACUGUUUGUUAAUGGUGUAAUAAUAAGAAAUAAGAAUCCAGUGUCAUAUUUUCAGCUGGAGGGCAGGAGCCUAUAUAACUCUAUGGGAGAUUCACUGUUUUAAAAGAACAUAAGUUGGGAUAUAACUUAUGCUCUACUAAUGUUUAACCUUAUAUGUUAAGGGAUGGAUCCAAAAACAACCGUACUAUUCCUUUUACCUCCUUUCAUCUGAUAACGAUCACAUCUUUGGGGGCAAAUGUGCAUAAUAUAUUCACUUUAGUUUGUUAAAUGCUGACUUUGUAUCAGUUUUUGUUUCAUAUGGACAGAUCCAGUUAAUAGAGAGAUAUUAACCAUAAACCGGGUCACCACAUCCGCAGUCUGACAGGUAAAUAGCAAACUCCACCUGAGAAGUCUGACCUGUCUCCAGCUCAGUUUAAACUAGAGAGAUUAUUGGUGUUUUUUAGAUGCUAUGUGACGAUGUCAUAGUCUCAGAUUGAUUACAUUGCAGUUUGCCAUGGAAUAUCCAAAAGGUAAAGGCACAAAUGUUGAACCUGAUCAUUUCUGUUGGUGACUACACCCAAGAACUCACUGUAUCGCAACAAAAAAAACAACUACCAUUUAACAAUAUCCAGCGUUUCAUCAAUAAACCAUCACAUCCAUGUUUCUACAUAUUGUGUUUAUCUUUGGUUGGUUUAUAAUUAAUAAAACAAUAACACAUCUUCAG